GCAGGUUUCGGGAAUCCCUCUUUUCCCCUCCUUUUGUUUACGAGAAUCAAAAUAAAUAUGGGAAGUUAAUAUUUAGCCUUCCAUUCUGUUUAUUUUUAGGAGGCAAAGGACUGAGUUUGGACCCAUUUGGCCAGCCUGUAACGAAGCAACAAUGUCUCCUGUCCCACUAAUCUUCUGGAUGGUUGCUUUAGCCCACACUGUUCUUGCAGGACGUGGUAAGCAUCUCUAAUAUUUUAACAGGACAAAAAGCAAACAAACCGGUCUGUGAUAGCUUAGAGACUGAAAUGUAAUGUAGUAUGAGAUUUUGCAAGUAAUAACCCAUUUUUUCCUGGUGUUCAUAUGAGCCAGCUCCUAGGGGCUGCAGGGGCUUCACCCCCCCCAUAAAAUAUUUGAGGGGACUGGGCCGCCACAAAGUUGAUGGGCAUUCCCAUUCAAAUGCUGUGUGUGCACUGCGUCAUGGGAUUGAUUAUGCAGGGCAGGGCUAACCUGGGCAAGAUGUUUCCUAUGCUCUGAAGAGUAGUGUGCCUUAAUUUCUGUUGGAGCAUGCUGGAAGGGACGCGGGUGGCGCUGUGGGUUAAACCACAGAGCCUAGGACUUGCUGAUCAGAAGGUUGGCGGUUUGAAUCCCCACGACGGGGUGAGCUCCCAUUGCUCGGUCCCUUCUCCUGCCAACCUAGCAGUUGGAAAGUGCAUCAAAGUGCAAAUAGAUAAAUAGGUACCUCUCUGGUGGGAAGGUAAAAGGCAUUUCCGUGUGCUGCUCUGGUUCGCCAGAAGUAUCUUAGUCAUGCUGGCCACAUGACCCGGAAGCUGUACGCCGGCUCCCUCGGCCAAUAAAGUGAGAUGAGCGCCGCAACCCCAGAGUUGGCCACGACUGGCCCUAAUGGUCUUUCUUGGUCUUUUUUAUGCUGGAAUGUCACAAUAUGAUCUAAGUCUAACAAGUCACUUAAUUUGACCUGCUUUGCUUAGUAUGCAUCUGCUUCCAUCAUUUAAUUCAGUUCAGGUGUGUUAACCUGGUAUAUCAUGUGAGGCAUGUGUUGUAAAAAUAAAGACGCCAGCAUAUGAGAGAAGCUAACUUGACUUUACCUCUCUUAGCAAAAAUUUAACUGCUGGCACUUGUCAGAGAGCCGUAGCCUCAUGAACUAUGGAUUAACUAAAUCCCCUUUGCAAAUCUGAUUGCAAAGGUUAUAAAUGUGUGGCAAAAUCUGGGAAACUGAAUUAGUUCGGUAUUAAUUUCAAGCCUACAUUUCUGAAAGCUUUCCUGUUUCUGCUUCUGCAUCAUCAUAAAUGGAUUGUUAGAAUAUUAAUUUUUAAAAGGCCAGAGUUCAGAAAGCAAGCCAUGAUGUAGCCUUUAGCAGAAAAAAGUCACAUAAAAAGUCAGUGGUAAAUAUUGUAACAUGGUUGUGAUUUAUUUAUUUAGUGGAUAGCACUGGGCAUGACUUCAGGGACAUCAGAUGUUUGAAAAGAAGGUGGGGAGAUAUUCACAAGGGCAGAUAUAGUUCUGUGAGUGGGCCCUCAAAGAAUCCAGUAAAAGAAAGGUGAUUUUGGUUGGUACAUUCUUAUUGAUAAAGCUUUCAGCCAAAUAAUUGGUGAAUUAUUUCCCCUUCAGCACGUGUAGCAAAUGGGUCAAGUGUAGAUCUUCUCUCUGCCAAUUUUCCGGGUUUUUUGGGGGGAGAAACCAUAUCCUUUCUCCCUCUUUCCUUUGAACUACUCCGAGCAGUAGUGCUAGUCAAGGGGCCGGAGGGUCAACUUCAUAUACUGAUGGAGGUUGAUGCGGGAUUAAAAUGAAUCACAGUGCUGCUGCCACUUGUGCCUUCAGUACACCACCUUUAUGUGAUGAACCAAAGGUACAAUGUGCUCAUAUUAUUAUUACCUGUUUAUUUGGUUGCUUCAAAACAUGGGGAUGCUAUAGCUGUUAAUGAAUACAAAGCCUUAUAAAUACAGUACUUGGUGUCUUCUAGGCUGUCCCAGACCACCUGAAAUACCAUUGGCUACUGCUGACGUACAGAAGGAAGAAUUCAAUAUGGGAGAGGAAAUUACAUACCACUGUAACCCUGGUUAUGUGCCUUACUCAGGCUCAAGGAGCUAUACAUGCCCUUGGUCUGGUAGAUGGCCUAUUGUUACAUUUAGAUGUAUACGUAAGUACAUUCUUUCUAUAAUGUGUCUUGCUGGUUUUUUUGCUUACCAUAACCUAUUCGAGUAAGAACUAUUCAUUUUACAAAAUACAAAGCAAACCUUGUACAGUGGUACCUCGGGUUACAGACGCUUCAGGUUACAGACGCUUCAGGUUACAGACUCCGCUAACUCAGAAAUAUUACCUCGGGUUAAGAACUUUGCUUCAGGAUGAGAACAGAAAUCGUGCUCCGGCAGUGCAGCAGCAGCGGGAGGCCCCAUUAGCUAAAGUGGUGCUUCAGGUUAAGAACAGUUUCAGGUUAAGACCUCCAGAACGAAUUAAGUUCUUAACCCGAGGUACCACUGUAUUUAGUUAGUAUACAGAAUUUGUCUGUCUUCAGAAACCCUUCUCUCUAAUGCUUGAUACCUCAGCAAAAGUAUGAGAAUUAUAUUUUAUUAACUUCACUCUGGAAGAGGCAAUACAUUAUACUCACAGGGUGUGUUUUAGAGCUCAGCUGCGGUAACACUUUGCCACAACGGCUAUUUCAAGCAUGUGUAAUAAGCUACUGAUUUCUGCAUUGAAAUCACCUGGAUAUCAGUGUAGAUACAUCAUCACCAUCACCAUCAUAAUUUGUAUUGUUUAUACUCUGCCAUUCUGGCCCCAGGCACUCUGGGCGGCUUCCCACACAUAAAAACAUAAUAAAACAUCAAACAUUAAAAACUUACUGAUACAAGGAUGCCUUAAGAUUUCUUCUAGAAGUUGUGUAGUCCUUUAUGUCCUUGACAUCUGAUGGGAGGGCAUUCCACAGAGAGGGCACCACUGCCGAGAAAGCCCUCUGCCUGGUUCCCUGUAACUUCACUUCUCACAGUGAGGGAACUGCCAGAAGGUCCUCAGAGCUGGACCUCAGUGUCCAGGCUGAAAAAUAGGGGUGGGGAUGCUCCUUCAGGUAUAUAGGGCCAAGGCUGUUUAGGGCUUUAAAGGGUCAGAAACACCACUCAGAAACAUACUGGGAGCCAGUGAAGAUCCUUUAGGAUCAGUGUUAUAUGGUCCUGGCAGCUACUCUCAGUUACAAGUCUAGCUGUUACAUUCUGGAUUAGUUUUAGUUUCUGAGUCAACUUCAAAGGUAGCUCCAUGUAGAGAACAUUGCAGUAGCCCAAGAUAACCAGAGCAUAUACCACUUUGGCAAGACAGAGAUGGUGAUGUGGUUAAAUAUAAUAGUUUCAAGAAAGUAAUAUUUAAAUGUUUUAACUCAACCUACUGCAAGAUGAUGUUUGGAUAGGAAUCUCAACAAGCACGCAUUUCCUGGCAUAGGCCAUUUCUCAAGGUGACCAAAAGCUAUCUGUAUUCUGUAUUCCAGCCUAAAGCUGGAUUGAAUAAAUCAAGGAAAAUAACGCACAUCUAGGAAAAUCAGGAAGAAAGGUGCAACUAUCUUACCCAAGAAAGGAAACUAGCUGGGACUUUUCUGAUUCAAUGAGAUUUAAAGAAAAAACAAGAAAGAGACAAGAAUACAUGUGGUUGGUCAUAGAAUCAUAGUACAGUCGUACCUUGGAAGCUGAAGAAAAUCCGUUCUGGAGGUCCAUUCGACUUCCAAAACGUUUGACAACCAAGGCGUGGCUUCUGAUUGGCUGCAGGAGCUUUCUGCAUGCAAUCAGAAGCCGCGGAGCCACAUCGGACAUUCGGCUUCCAAAGAACAUUCACAGAUCGGAACACUCACUUCUGGGUUUGCAGUGUUUGAGAGCCAAAACAUUGAACUCGCAAGUCGUUUGGCUUCCAAGGUACGACUGUAUUGUAGAGUGGAAAGUACCCCAAGGGUCAUUUAGUCCAAUGCAGGAAAUGUCUGAAUCCUGUCCACAUCCUCUAGCUAUGCAACCUUUUAAAAUAUCCAUACAACAAGCAGUCCUCAGUGGUACAUCCCCUCAAUUUGUAAUAGCUGUGGAAUCCAAGGUAGAACAAACCCAAGUAGCGUUGUGCUGUGUUUCAUAGCAUAGUCACAAUGGACCACAAAGUGGUCCGUUUAUCGCCAUCAUAUGUUGAUCAUCCCUUCUAAAUAGUUCCUGAGAAUUGCUUUUAACAGCUAUGCAAUGGGCAGAAACAAUAGUUAAAGCUUUCCUUGCAAAGAUGGGAAAAGCUGUCACUAUUGCUUUCUGCCUGCCAUGUGGUUGUUAAAAGCAUUUCUAAGGGAGGGUCCCUCGUAACGUGAGCCUUGUACAAAACUGAAGUAAGGCAAACAGUUCUGAAUGUGACUUUAUGAUGUGUGACAGGAACAGCUUUUGCACUGCAAGUUGCAUCAGAGAAACAACUUAGGAACAUUUGAAUGCAUUAUUUCUGUUUUGCCAGUAUUGUACGCUGGUUUCAGGAGAGUGGCGAGUCCUACAUAUCAACUGCUUCCUGAUAUAUUUAACUGCAGGCACCAAAAAUUAAACACAGUAGGGUCUCAGACAUGCAAAAACAGGUACCUGACCACCACUGAGCUACCACUUUUACUCUGUAGGAGUCCAUACUAUUUAGGGAUUUGAUGUACUCUUCAUGUGGUCACACGCUUAAGUUCAUUGGGUGCUAAUCUAUCCCCAAGAGAUUGUUGUGAUUAAAAUACGCAGUGGCUCUUUUGGAAUGACUUGAAUGCCUCUGUUCUGGAAAUGAACAAAAAUAAUGAAACAUUGUCUUAUACUAAAACAGCAAAAAAAUGUUACUACCCUGGACCUUUGGAAAAUGGAGAGACCGAACAUAUAGACCUCACCUACCAGAGUUCUAUAAGGUUUUCGUGUCAUCCAGGGUAAGUUGUGCGGCGGUGUUCUAUUUAAAGGAGCGAUUCCAAUCCCAUGGAUUUUCGCUGUCCCUGCUAGGGACAGGUAGCAUAUAGGCAAGAAGAUUAAAACCUCCACGUCCUGCAUAUGGAUCUGGAGAAUGUUAUGUUAUUUUGUCUGAAAAGAAAUAAGAACAAAUAAACUGUAGUUACAACAAAUAUCCAUGCCCAAAUGUCAAAAAGCUUGGCAAGGGCUGCUGAAUUUCAUUCCAGUGGAUGAGAUUGCUCUUACUUGGCCAUCUGUUGGUGUAGGAGUAUGUAAGCUUCUGAUUUAACACAGAAUUGUUCAGUGAGUUAUAUGUAGCUUAGGCUAUAUUACACAUUUUGCUGUUAAUUGGCAAAAGUGAGAAUAGCCUCAAAGGCGACUCUUGGCAAUUUUCUAAGUAUCUAUAAAGUGUGAAGUAAAAGAAACAGCACCAAAAUCAAGGCCAUCACUGGGCCAUAUUAGAAACUCCAUGUGGGAUACCCAACCCAGCUGGUUUUGGGUUUUUUUGUCAAUCACGAGUGCAAAAUAUUUUUUAAAACUGCUGUUAUAGAUGUGUUUUAUUUCUCAGGUAUAUUCUUCAAGGGAAGAAAACCGCUCAAUGCCUGGCAGAUGGACAGUGGAGUGAAAAAUUACCCAAAUGCCAACGUAUGUGAGAAAUGGGUUCGUUUUGUGUAUGAAGAUGUGUUGGGCCGACUGACCUACUCAUGGGGGUAUCAAAUGUAGCAGCUUUUGUACAUGUGUAAUGUUAAGACAUCCUGGAUAAAGGUCUGGGUAUCGUGAUGUCUUGGAACCAGGUUAUUUGAAGGACUGCCUGAACUCCUGUCAGAUUAGCUAAUUAUGGAGGCCUUGCUUGUGGGCCCGCUGGGUAAGGUCCAAGGUCCAUCAGGUUGGUGCUUGCAGGAGAUAAGACCUUCUCGGUGACGGAAUUCCCUUCGCACAGGAAGUGCGCUUAGCUCAAUUGUUUUUAAAUGACACACAGAAAAACCCAGCUUUUCACAUUCACUUUUAACUGAUUAAUUUGAGGUUCGUCUAGGGUAUUUAGCAUGAUUUAACAGCUGGUGCUGUUUUUCUGUUCUAUUUUCUAUAAUACAGCUGCUUUUUAGAGAGAAUUGUGAAAUUUUCUUUUCAUGUGUGUUUAUGAUAUGAACAACCUGUGUGGUCUUGAAAGGUUAUGUACGAUUUCUUAAAUAGAUACUGUAUGGGUACCUUUUCCAUUCAAAACAGUAGAGUCAUACUCUCAAAAUAGAUAAUUGUACAGUGCUUCUACAUCCCCCCCCCCCAUCUGUUCUGGAUUACCUCUCAAUUCACUGCAGAUGAUUGUGUGUGUUUGUGUGUGUGUGCAGGAGGAAAAUUCUUUUCCCAGAGUGGAAGUCAUUCUGUGUCUGCAAUUAUUUCAUUGGAUUCAAUCCAUUGGUCUCACACAGCACUUUUGAUAGCCACAUAUUGCGAAGUACCCAAUCUCUUCUCCGCCCCUAUUUCCAUAUUUUUCAUAUGCUUCUGUGUUCCUGAUACAUCUCCCAAUGAUAAAAGAGAUACAAUCUGAGCAAGCAGUUUGCAUUUUAAACUCACCUAAAUCAUAGCACCAUCAUGACUACAGGAAUAAUUUUUUUUAUUGCUGAUUCUAUUUCGUUGCAGAAAAGGUUCGUGUAUUUUAAAAAUGUAAAUAAUAAAAUGAGUUUCUGCAAUCAGGCCAAUAUCUAGCCAGCCAUACUCUUAACAGGGCUUGUUUCUACUGCUUUACAGGUAGUCAUUGGGGGCAGGGGGAAUCCAGCAAGGCCCUUGAUUUUGGCUCUGAGGUUCAGCUCUAGCUGCAACGCUGCUUUCAAGCAAGCCUGUGCAGAGCUUGUCUAAGGCCCGGGGUGAGAGUCUUGUUAGAAUAAAGUUAUAAACAUUCCUGGCAUGACAGCGUAAACCUCCUUAGCCCUCCAAGGCCAAGGCAAGGUGUACCCAGCUGCCCCACACUCGGCAUGGGCCUGCUUUCAAGUAUAGUCAUACCUUGGAAGUCAAACACAAUCCGUUCUGGAAGUCCAUUCGACUUCCAAAAUGUUCGGAAACCAAAGUGCGGCUUCUGAUUGGCUGCAGGAAGCUCCUGCAGCCAAUCGGAAGCAGCGGAAGCCACGUCGGACGUUCGGCUUCCAAAAAUAGUUCGCAAACCAGAACACUCGCUUCCAGGUUUGCGGCGUUCGGGAGCCAAAACGUUCGAGAACUAAGCUGUUUGAAAACCAAGGUACAACUGUAUUAGAACUCUCUCUCAGUUCUUAGAAAGAGAAACCUUUUUUAAAAAAAAUAUGAUGGGGAAGACACUUGUUUUAUUUUCUCUUUGUAAGAAAUGAAUCAGCAUCACCCUUGGUGGUGAGUUAUGUGAAGUACCAAUUAUAUCCCAUGUAUAUUUGAAGUCCCCUCCCCUUUAAUCCCUGAAUGGCUACAUUUCCCACUGAUCUUUUACAAUAUCCGUGAAACUAAUUUUGGCUAAACAUAUCCAAAAGUGAGCUUCAAUAUAGGAACAGAAAUAUAUUGGGGGCCUCAGUGUGUUUUGGGGGAAAGCCUGCAGACUUGGUGUACAGUUGCCGUGUUUUGGUCUUUCACAUUUACAAUUCUCUUUUAAGAGAAGUGCACUAGAUGCCCACUCAAACCUUCCAGCCACCUUAGCUUAUGUUAACUAAUCAAGAGAUUUUUUUUUACAGGCGAAGCAAAUACUCCGACGUAUCAGAAUGAAUUCCGUAAGAACAGGAGUGUUUUAUAAGAUAUUUAGCCAAAUAGGCACAAGAGUAAAGUUUUUACACUGCGUCAAAUAAAUUUGCUUUUUUCCUUUUUCCUCCAGCUGUCGUUUGUCCUCCACCUCCAGUUUCUGAAUUUGGAGCCCUUUCUUACCGUAAACUUGUGCCUGGAAAUGUAUCAGUCUUCCAAGACGUAAUCAAGUUUGAGUGCUUACCGCCUCUUGCUUUGUUUGGAAACGAAACAGCCAAAUGUCUGGCCAGUGGAAACUGGAGUGAACUACCUGAAUGCAGGUGUAAGUCCUCUAAAUAUAAUGUUGCUAUUUGAAAGACUGCUUGGGUAUGCAAAUUCUCUCUUUUUGCCUUCCCCCCAUGGCCUCUAAACCAUAGCAAUCUUUUUCUUCCCCCUAACACAGCCGUAGAAUGUCCAUAUCCAGAGCAAAUAGAAAAUGGGUUUAUAAACUUUGCUCUUCGUCGUACUUACAAAUACAAAGAAUCUGUGCAAUAUGGCUGUAAUCCUCCAUAUGUACUGGAUGGGGCUUCAGAAUCCAGUUGUGAAAAAACAGGAACCUGGUCAACGAAACCAGCUUGCAGAGGUAAAACUUAGCAUCUGAUGUAUCUAACCAUACGGCGGCUUUUCAUUUUUGAAAAAGUGACCCAGGGAGGAAUUCAGCAUAGCACUAGAGCAAUUGUUUUCUGAGCGCAAGCUUUUCAGUUUGCCAAAUAGAAUGAUCCCUUUCCUUCUCCCUUUGUGCACUGUUCUGGUAAUUCUACAAAACCGCACACUCCUAUCAGUUUCAGGGAGCGAAGGGGUGCAUUUGAGGGGGGGGAGCCUUGUUGUGGACAUUCUCGUAUGGCCUUCCACAAGCGGAAUUAGUUAGUGGAAUCCCGUUCCCAGCUUUUCGGAUAUCUUUAUGUCAUAAAGCUUAUGUAUUUUUCAUGCAAUCAUAAAAGUCAGCCGGUUGUGAGACAAUGAACCUAGACUGUAAAUACAAAUCAGUGUUGCUUGUGCUGUAUAUGAAUUCAGCAUCUGUAAGCUCAUAACUCUUGAGCUACCCUCUGUAUACAUGCCCAUUAGGACUCCCCUGCCAAGUUGUUAUGUGUGCCUACCUUAACAAGAACAAUUUCACAGUACAACGUGAACACAUCCGGGUUGCAGUCUAGGCAAAGCUUCUUGUUGUUGUUUAGUCGUUUAGUCGUGUCUGACUCUUCAUGGACCAGAGCACACCAGGCACUCCUUUCUUCCACUGCCUCCUGCAGUUUGGUCAAACUCAUGCUGGUAGCUUCGAGAACACUGUCCAACCAUCUCGUCCUCUGUCGUCCCCUUCUCCUUGUGUCCUCAAUCUUUCCCAACAUCAGGGACUUUUCCAGGGAGUCUUCUCUUCUCAUGAGGUGGCCAAAGUAUUGGAGCUUCAGCUUCAGGAUCUCUCCUUCCAGUGAGCAUUCAGGGCUGAUUUCCUUCAGAAUGGAUAGGUUUGAUCUUCUUGCAGUCCAUGGGACUCUCAAGAGUCUCCUCCAGCACCAUAGUUCAAAAGCAUCAAUUCUUUGGCAAUCAGCCUUCUUUAUGGUCCAGCUCUCACGUCCAUACAUCACUACUGGGAAAACCAAAGCUAGAUGUUAUUAAUGUGGUCCAUUGUUUUGAGUGGGGCUUAGAAACAUUUACCAGACCCUUAAAUAUAUUACAUGUAUAUUUAUAAUGAUACGUAAUAGUUAUCUACAAUAGGUGUAAUCUUACAGUUUUCAGUAGUAGACAUCGCUUCUUGCACGUGAUCUGCUGCUUAAGAACAUGUAAGCAAUGCUAGAGGGACAGAACCCUUUUGUCAAUGCAGAUAGAAGAGGUUGCUAGGAAAAUAACAAUGAUUACUUGAGGAGGCUCUAUCAGGCCAAUUUUGCUUGAUUUAUACAUAAAGUCAUUUGUCUGAAUAAUGAUGUCAUUCACCCCAUAAGUGCAUUUGUAUUAUUGCUGAAGCAUCUGACUGAUCCAAGAUAUGUGCUUGUUCAACCAUACUGUUCGUAUCUCUUUCCCACCCACUUGUAGCACCAUGUGCCAUACCAGUAAAAAGGGCUACAGUAUUAUACAAUGAGCAGAAACUAAAGGUGCAAGACCAUCUCAGGGAUGGAAUAAAACAUGGUGAGACCAUCUGGUUUUUCUGCAAAAAUAAAGAACAGCAGUGUAGUUACACGGUACCAACUCAGUGCAUAGAUGGCACUCUUUCGGUCCCUGCCUGUUUCAAAGGUAAGAUCAAGCUGGGUUUUCCACCCCCUUUUUGUAAAAUAAAUUUUUAAAAAUCAUUUCUUGUGGUCUAUACAAGCAAGUCCAUACAAGCAAGCCUAGCUCCUCCGUCCUGGGUAGAAUCUACACACAUUAAAAAUGUUGUGAAAAUGCUUUUUUUUUAAAAAAAAAAAUCGUUUUGAAAAAUGCAUUAAAUUUGCUUUAGCUCACAGUCACCAUCUAGUGUCACAAUUGAAUAUUGCACUUUACAACACAUUCAAAACGUUUUACAGUGGUACCUCGGGUUAAGUACUUAAUUCGUUCUGGAGGUCCAUUCUUAACCUGAAACUGUUCUUAACCUGAAGCACCACUUUAGCUAAUGGGGCCUCCCGCUGCUGCCGGCACGCGAUUUCCGUUCUCAUCCUGAAGCAAAGUUCUUAACCCGAGGUACUAUUUUUGGGUUAGCAGAGUCUGUAACCUGAAGUGUCUGUAACCUGAAGCGUAUGUAACCCGAGGUACCACUGUACUUGCAGCUGUAUAGCUGAGUCCCUAAUCUCUCCUAAACAGCAAUGGAAGUAGAGCAGGGGUCAGCAAACUUUUUCAGCAGGGGGCCGGUCCACUGUCCCUCAGACCUUGUGGGGGGCCGGACUAUAUAUUUUUUUGGGGGGGGGGAUGAACGAAUUCCUAUGCCCCACAAAUAACCCAGAGAUGCAUUUUAAAUAAAAGGACACAUUCUACUCAUGUUAAAACAUGCUGAUUCCCGGACUGUCCGCGGGCCGGAUUUAGAAGGUGAUUGGGCCGGAUCCGGCCCCUGGGCCUUAGUUUGCCUACCCAUGGAGCAAAGCACUAAAAGUACUGAUAUUGGUUUCAGUCUACAGAACUGACCUGAUGGACCCAUGUUGUAGAUAUUUUUUUUUGCACUUAACAGAGCCAGUGUAAAGGGUUAGCCGAUGUAGUUGAGCAUCUGGCAAGGGCCCACAUCCCUGCAGGGUUAGCCCACUGAUGAGAGCCCCAUGAAAUGAUCUAUCUGAGGGUCCUACAAACUCAGAGCUGGUCAUUUUUUAAAAAAGCCAAGUCUACAGCGGUAUCUCAGGUUAAGUACUUAAUUCGUUCUGGAGGUCCAUUCUUAACCUGAAACUGUUCUUAACAUGAAGCACCACUUUAGCUAAUGGGGCCUCCUGCUGCUGCUGCGCCGCUGGCGCACGAUUUCUGUUCUCAUCCUGAAGCAAAGUUCUUAACCUGAGGUACUAUUUCUGGGUUAGCGGAGUCUGUAACCUGAAGCGUCUGUAACCCAAGGUACCACUGUAUUGCAUUCCGAUUUUCCCAGACAAAAAGGAAAUGGCUUUGUCUGCGAAAUAGUUAUUUGCAUUAGAUUCCGGCCCAAACAUCCAAUGCUGCAUUUAGCAUAUAUGUAAAUAAGAAUCUAAUUAAGACAAAACAACCAAGGUGGUUAUUUUCUAUAGUGUUCAUAUCCUGAGAGCAGUGCUUUUUUCUGGGGGGACACCCCCCCUAAACAUUUUGUGAAUCUUUGUACUUUUGUCCAUUUACUGUAUUAAUUUCCCCUGAUUUGAACUAUAAAAUGGUGAUUUUCUUGAGUCAAAAUGAGAGUACCCCUAAACAUUUUUUUAAAGAAAAAAAAAGCACUGCCUAAGAGACAGUUCCCAUCCUUGCCUAGCACAGAGCUUGGAUAAGUGGCAUAAGAGAAGAAUUUAGGUUAUCCACCUGCCUAAUUUAUUUCCUUCCUAAAUUGACUUCAGAAACACUGGCUGAUAUACAAAUCAAUAUGGCUAACCUGAUCCAAAACACCCACCCACCCCACUCACACACGAAAACAAAGAUCACCACAGCCAAUCACAAACAAACAAUCACACCCUAGGCCAACCCCAACCUCUCUCACCACCAAAGGAACACAAGUGAACAACACAAACAACGCUGACACCAAACACUACAUACAUUAAGCAUAAUAGAAACAUCGCCACCCGACCCCACCCCCACCCAUCUACCCUCCCUCCACCCCCCCUUUCCCCCCUUUUUUUCUUCUCCCCCUAAUGUCUCAACAAAUGAAACAGAUUUGUAAAAAUGUUACAUGGAAAAAAAUACGAGGCAUUAUACUUACUUCUGUAAAACAAGAAAAUCCUUAAUAAUUUUUUUUUUUAAAAAAAAGAAACACUGGCUGACUCUUUUCACUUCAGGGCUGGUAUUAGAGAAGCAUAGUUCUUGAGCCCAAAUAUAUAUGUAGAGGAAAGCGCGAAAUUAUGUAUAAACAUAUAAACAAAUUCAGGUGGCAAGCACAUACAAGGGGCUUUAUCAAACAUGGGUUCCAUGAACUGACUUCUGCUCAGAAAUUAUUUUCCUCCACCUAAAGGCUCUCCAAAGGGUUGGGAGAACCUACCAAACAUUGCAGGCUGUCUUAUGGGGCUACAGUGGGGAAGGGAAUCGACUGAAAUCAGGAACUUUGUGUGAGCACUGCACAAUUCCUAUGCCAGAUUUCCAGCAAUUCCUUUCUUUUUGUGGGGCAUAGGAGGCUGUAGCUGGGAGGACAAGAUCUCAGUAUCCCCCCCCCCAAUGAUUAAACCUGAAUAAUUUUAUUUGGUAUAGCUUUAUUUGGAAAAAGAAAAAUGCUAUACUUUUGCCUGUUAAUAUACUAAGUUGCUUCAUCUUUUGCAUGGACUGAUGAUCACUGUUCUGCCCAUCUGUACACAAAGCAUAUGAAUGUAUGUGUAUCAUAUUUUGAGUUACAAGUAUCUUAACGAAAUGUUCAUUUUUUCUUUAAUAGAACGUGGGUGGUUUUCAACCUUGGUGAAAACAGAUGUAGCAGACAUGACACCAUGCGAGAAUAUCAAUUGAAGAGGUUAUCUCCAAGUGUUGUUUGAAAAAAGAUGCACAUGAAUGGUACAAGAGAGUUCCUUCUAGAUAAAACCUACAUGCAAUUUAAAGCACAACCCUACCAGCGAAUUCUAAACUGCCCCUUUAAAGCAACUUUCCAUCAAAAUUGCGUUUAAGCUACAUCAUCUUGUGCUAAUUUUGUCCUCGUUCUUUUUAAGAAACAUGCUUUUAGCCUGCCUACAGGAAAUAAACAUGUAGCAGUUAACAUACAGUUGAAAAGCUGCGUGAACCAGCAAUAGUUGAUUGCUCUGUUAAUGUAACCAGGGUCUCUCUUUGUGGCAAAUCAGUUUCAAGUAUGAUGUAAUUACAUAAUAUUGCAUUAUUAGGUUUUAAAUAAUUUUCUUGAUGAAAAUGUUGUUAAUUUGUGAGCUGGGCUAGAAAGGGCUAGCAACAAAGGGAGCUGACUACUGUUUUCUCCAGACUUCACCCAGCACAAGCACAUCAGGGUAUCUGCUACCUGAAUGAUCCGCUGUAGCCUUGUGGAAUGGAACUUCCCCCAGGUGACACAGCCUGUGGAGACAAUCAUUGCCCCUUGUAGCUGGGCUAGGAGGAAAAACAUCUGGGUUUUGAAACAAGAUCUCUCUCAUCCCUGUGUAUCUUGAAAGACAUACCUGUGGCAGGCUCACAGUGUUCGUCUGUGUGUCUAUCCACGCUCCCAGGUGCAGCAUGAGCUGUGCAGGUGUCAGCUAGCUAUUUUUUAGAUUAAUGUGGAAACAGUCCCCAGUCCCCUCCAGAUCCUGCUGUCCCUGGGAGCCUGGUCUGAUCAGGAUGUUGGCUAAAUAAGCAAAUGCAUGGACCACCUAUUUCCUCAGACAGGCCACAACUGCUACAAAUACCUACAUGAAUACACUCGGUGCUGCACACAAGCCAAAUCAGGAGAGUUGUAUUCAUAGUGAAGUCCCUGGUAUGCAAAUCUCACAUACUGGUGAUGAAGCUGAUGAAGUAGUAUGUGAAGACAGGCCUCUGUGAGAUCCAAUGUGGCUUGGGGCUUUUCAAUACAGUGGUACCUCGGGUUAAGAACUUAAUUCAUUCCGGAGGUCCGCACUUAACCUGAAAUUGUUCUUAACCUGAGGCACCACUUUAGCUAAUGGGGCUUCUUGCUGCCUCUGCGCCGCUGGCGCACGAUUUCUGUUCUCAUCCUGAGGUAAAGUUCUUAGCCCGAGGUACUAUUUCUGGGUUAGCAGAGUCUGCAACCUGAAGCGCCUGUAACCUGAGGUUCCACUGUAUUGUCUUUGACCCACUUUGGAUUCAGAAUUGCCCUCCAGUCCCCAAUUUCCUGGGAAUGGUGACUAGAAUGGAAUAGCAGGCAUGGCACCGGGAAAACAGGCUCUAUCAUUUAUAUGCUUCUCAGAUUCUUGAUGGCAUCAGCUAUUAUUUCUGAAGCCUUUUGGACCUGAGGGAGGAGAAGGAAUAAGGUAGGAGAAUUGGGCAAAUUCAAACUGGUGUCCUUCUCUGACAAUGGCCAAGGUGCAUUGAUCCCUGUUGGUGCUGAGCCACAAUGAAGCAAAGUGCUGGAGUUCUGGUCAGGCCUGUAGCUGGUGCUGUGGGUCUGAUGCCUCCCCACCCUUAUGUCAAUGAAUUGUUACGAAUUGCUACUGUAUCCAGAAGCCAACACAAUAGGAUUAAGAAACGAAACAUGAAAAAGGACAAUAAUAAAGUGUGUGCAGAUCAAGCUACUUAACAAUAUACCAAUCAGAACAUCUGGGGAGGGGGGAGAGACAAGGAACAAUUAUCCAGAUAUUUCCAAACUGACAAACAAGCACAUACCUCCCUGGUGAAAUCUACUUCUUUUUAAAACUAUAUCUUUUUUAUUACUAAAGAUUUGCUUGGGUUACAAACCAAAAUCUACACCUAAUACUGUGUAAAUAAUACUUAAGCGUUUAGUAAGAAUGGUUUCAAGCACAUGCUUUUUCACUGUUUAAAAUAUUUUUCUGUUUCACAACUAAUGCAUUGCAAAACAGAAUACGUCAAGAAACAUGCAUGUGGAAUGGCUCAAAAUAUCACAAAAUGCUAUUUGGCUGUUAUAUCACAGCAGGAUUCAGGUUUUGUCAUAUUGAUUUUCCAAACAAGAAACUUGAGGUUUUCUUGAAUUCUACUUACCCCACCAAUGGUGGCUCAUUCAUUCUACUUACCAAUUUCCAAGAUGGAUGCAUUAAAGUGCUUAAAACACUAUUCUUCCAGAGUAAAAUGAUGGUAUUUUUGUAAUUAUAUCCCUUGGCAAGUAGAAUAAAAAUUAUUACCCCAAAGCCUCUGAAGCUGUGAAAUGAAUUUUGUGACUCACAUUUCAAACAUGAAAGGUUUGCGCAGAAACCCUGAAAUAUUGUACUGUGACUAGAAGUGUUUUCAAGAGUUUAUUAUGAUGAAUGAAGCCUGCCUUUUUCUUUGUAGACAACUGAAAGAGUGCCUCAAGCUGUGCUUAUGCUUCUUGUGGCAACCUGCUGUGGUACUUGCAAAGAUAAGAGAGCAUGGGGGGGGGGAGGUUUAAAAAAGCAGCAAGCUACAGUCUAUCUAAAUGAAUACUUUUUUUACAAUUCAAAUUGUGAGUUGUAUCACAUUGGGGAUUUGUACAUAUUCAACCAUUGUAUUUUCGGAAUCAAUACCUCUGGAGGGACAGUAUGCAACAUAUGUUUAGUACAACGACUUUCUUUUGUAGUUGGAUUAUGGUGAGCAUAGUGACAUCUGCCUUUUCACUCUUGGAUAGAAAUUAGGCAGGUUAUCAAGUCACAUAAAUCUGUACAGGAAUUCCUUCCCUUUUACAAGCUGUUCUCUUCUUUAGUGCUUGAAAACCAAGCUAUCAAAAUACAGUAACACGAUCCCUUCGGAAAUUAGGCCCAGGUGUGACUAGUAGUUCCCUGGCCCUUCGCGUCAACUAGAGGUGUUGGGAAACUUUGGCCCUCCAGAUGCGGUUGAACUACAGCCCCCAUAAUCUCUGAUCACUGGUCAUGCUAGCUGAGACUGAUGGGAGUUGUAGUUCAGCAAAACCUGAAGGGCCACAGGGUAGCUAUCCCUAUCUGAAGUAUGUUUACCAUGUACGUUCAUGGAACAAUAUAAAUAAUAAAAGCUGUUGUCACUUG